AUGUCAGACUUAUCGAAAUAUGAGAAAGUUGGGAAUAUAGGGGAGGGGGCGUUCGGAAAAGCAAUACUUGUUUUGUCGAAAUCGGAAAACAUUCAUAGAGUGAUGAAAGAAAUCAAUAUUCGCAAGAUGACACUCAAGGAGCGAGAAGAAGCUCGGAAGGAGGUUUCUGUCUUGUCGAAAAUGAAUCAUCCAAAUAUAGUUCAGUAUUGUGAUUCAUUUGAAGAAUCUGGUUGGUUAUAUAUUAUAAUGGAAUAUUGUGAUCAAGGAGAUUUAUACACUAAAAUCAAUAAACAAAAUGGUGUUCUAAUGCCAGAAUCAUUGAUUUUAGAUUAUUUUGUACAAAUUUGUUUAGCAUUAAAACAUAUACAUGAUAGAAUGAUUUUACAUAGAGAUAUUAAAACACAAAAUGUAUUUCUUACUUCUAAAGGUCGUUUAAAAUUAGGUGAUUUUGGAAUAGCGAAAGUAUUAAAUCAUACAUUGGAUUUAGCGCGUACAUGUAUUGGUACCCCAUAUUAUUUAUCACCAGAAAUUUGUGAAAAUAAACCAUAUGAUCAUAAAAGUGAUAUAUGGGCAUUAGGUUGUGUUCUAUAUGAAAUGACAACAUUAAAACAUGCUUUUGAAGCCGGUAAUAUGAAGAAUUUAGUAUUGAAAAUUAUUCGUGGAACCUAUCCACCGGUUUCAUCAAAAUAUAGUUAUGAAAUAAGAAGUUUAAUUUCUCAACUAUUUCGUCGAAAUCCAAGAGAUAGACCAAGUAUUAAUGCAAUCUUAAGGAAACCAUUUUUAUCAAAACGUAUCUAUCGUUACUUAACAGAAACAGAAAUGGCAGAAGAAUUUAGUCAUACAGUUCUUCAUCAACAUUCUAAACGUAAAAAUGAUAAUCUAUCUAACAAUCUAAAUUUGAUAAAUAAACACUUCAAACAAUCACAACGUCACUGCCAACAACAACAUCAAUUUUCAGUGAUUAAAAAAUCCAAGUUAAGUGAUGCGAUAAAUAAAAAAUUAAAUAAGAAAACGGAAAAUAGCAAUAAUAGUAACAAUAGUAAUUCACAUGGAACAGUUUCUGAAUGCGAAUCCAAACGUCGGGAAUCAGUGAUCGAUGUGAAUCGUAGAAAACAAAGAGAAUUGAUUGAAAAACAGCGAUUGGAAGCUAGAAAUAAAAUAAAAGAACAAGGCUGGAAACACUUAUUAGAUAAUUCACCUGUAUGCAUUACACCUGCCGUUAAUGAGAAAAAUAUGGUAAAUGUGAUCAAUGAAAAUCCCAAACUAAAAGAUGUAUAUUACAAACCGAUUAUCAGUUCGACUAAUCAAUCUUAUGAUUGUAAUCCCUCUUCAUCACCAAGUGUACUUGUAGCUGAUGCAUUUAUAAAAUACAAACAAGAAAGAGAUCGUAUCCAACAAAUAAACUGUAAAGACUAUGAUAAUUAUAUUUGUGUUAAACAUUCAGAAGUUAUAACCCCCAAGUCAAUCGAUACAAUUUCGGUAUCGAUUCCUUCACAAUCUCUUGCAAUCGAAGGAGUAUCAAUAACACCACAAACACCAUCAACACCCCAAAUCAACAUAAAACCGUCUUAUCUACAACCAUGUCAAGCUGUUCUACCGAUGAGACCGAAUGAUAUGUGUCCUUUACUCUAUCCAUUUAACAAGGAAAAUAAUAUUACUACUAUUGAUAACAGUAACAUUCAUGAUAAAAUCAAUAUUAUAAACAAUGGUAAAAAUGAAAAUAAUAAUACUAGUACUGAUGAUAAUAUAAGUGAUCAAUGUCUCAGUGAGAAUGGCAAGUAUGAAGACAAUAAAUAUCAACCAAUCUAUUCAAAGCCAUACGAAUCAAAUUUACGUAGAAAUGAACAAAUUCAAUCAGCAAUUAAGCAAACCAAAUUAGUCGAAGAUUUUAUCGCUGUUAGACAACAAGCUGCAAUGAACCGUGCACGUGGUGCUGGUCAUAUUAUGGGUGUAGCUGAUAUAUUAGGCGGUUCACCAUUUGUAAAUCUUAACGAAAGAGGACGCAUACUUGAACAUCAAAGAGAGUUAAAAGCUUUGGAAGAGAAACGUCAAAAGUUCGAAGCAUUAAAAAAACAGGCAGAAGAACGCGCUCAACUAUUAAGAGAACAUUUAGAACGGCGUAAGAAACAAGAGAAAGUUUUUGAACUAGAAAGAAAACAUCAACUUUUCAAGCUUGAACAGUUCGAAAGAUUGUGUACACCACAAUCUAAAUUGGUUCAGAAAUCGGUAGAACAGAAAUAUGUCGAUUCAAGUGAUAUAAAACCAUCUGAUAUUACUAUCAAAGAGUCACAACCUUUAGAAGCGCCUAGUUUAAGUAUGGUAUUAGCUAAAUUAAAUGAAAUGCCUACUUUAACAAAAGUUGAUAGUAAUAAUGAUAAUUCAUUGGAAUUAAAUCAAAAUAUGGAUGAUGGAGAUGGUGAAGAAGAAGAAAGUUCAGCAAUUACAGAAGAUGAUCCAAAUUCAAAUUCUAGUUCUGUUCAUUCUUCAAAUGUAUAUCAUAAAUGUACUGCAAUACGUAAAAGAAAAGAUAAUAUUCUACGUCGAUUAAAUGCAAAAUCAACGGAUUCCCGUAGUAAAUGGAUUAAAUUCUCAUCUAAUUAUAAAUAUGAUAUAAAUUUUAAAAAUUAUCUUUUCUAUCAAAAUCAUAUAGAUCAAUUGAAACAUUCAAUAACAAAAUAUCCAUUCAUAGAUCAUACAAUUUUACAUAAAUUAGCUCAACGUACAUUAGAAACGAAUAAUAAUUCAUCAAUGGAAUUAACUCAUUUACCAAAUCAUAAUGAAGAGAAUAAUCAAUUGAAGUCUAUUCAUGAUUCCUUUACUUGUGAUUGGUCAAAUUCAAAUCAUACACUUGUACGUAGAUUAAAUGAAGCUCCAAUUGUAACAGGUCCUUCUGAUUGUCAAACAAUGAAUAAUAAUUCACAAUUGAAAACAUCAAUCACAACAAAAUUUGAUCUUCAAAAUCGUCUCAAUGGUUUAGGAAGUCCUAUAAAAAAUGCUUGGCAAUUCGAUCCACAAGGAAAAGAAACUAACGUAAGAGAAAUAUCAGUAUCACCGCCAACAACAACCAUUACUCCUAUAGCUACGACUACGAAUACCCCGUCUUCACCAUCAUCAUCGUUGUUGUCAAAUGUUCAUAAACCUUCUCUACCUGGUCCAAGUGGACCGGGUGGACCAAAUGUCAAUUUAACAGCUGACUGUUUACAUCCAAUCAAUCAAUAUAAUAAUGAUCACAAUCAUGAAGGAAAAACAAACAGAUUAUCAGAUGAUUUAAACAUUUCAGAUCACUCGAAAUUGUCGUUUAAUAAUCGCAUGGCAACUUAUCGACUAAAACAUCCUCGAAUAAUUAAUAAACCUGAUGAAAAAUUAUUUGAAAAAGUGGAUUUUGUAGAUGAUCCAAUUUCAGAUCAAAGUAUAACAGACAAUAAUAAAGUAAAUCAAUCAUGUGAAUUGGAAGAUUUAGAAAAUGGUCAACUUUUUGUACAAAAUUCUUAUCCUAUGAAUACAUUUAGAGAAAUGAAUAGAUCUGGUUCAUUACCAAAUAUCAGUAAUUUUUGCCCAACUUCAUCAUCACCUACUGAUGUAUCCACACAAAAUAAAGGUUUACAUGGAAAGUCAUUAUUGAAUUUACAAGAAAAUAAACAAGAUACUAAUAAUCAUGGUAACAAUUGCAAUGAUACAAAUCCAACAAUAAUUAAUGAACAACUGAAAGAAGAACUAGAUAUAGAAGAUGAUGAACAAGAUAUUGAAUUAGUACGUCAAAGUAUGUUACAAGUUAUAUUAACUUCAAAUACAAAUGAUUCUAAUGAUGUUGCUUUAUUAUCCGAUGAUAUGGAUGAUAUUUAUUCAAAUCAUUCAACAAUAUCAGAAAUUGAUAUAAAACUAUUAAAUAAACAAAAAUCAUUCAAUGAUCAUUUAAAUAAUCACAGAAAACGAUCAGUGUCAAUCAACCUCCCUAUUCAACGAAUUAGUAAAAUUGAACAACAAACUGAAGAAACCUCAUAUAAUAGUUAUACUGAAAUGAAUUCAGUUUUCAGACAAUCACAUAAAAAUCAUACUCAUGAUGAUGUAACUAAUAAAUAUGAUGAUACUAAUGAUAAUUUAAAUCAUCCUGAAGAUAUAACAUCAAGUAGUGGUCAAUUACGUAAUUUUCUUAGUCGAUUAGAUAAUGUUUCAAUUGGAUGUACCACGAAUACAACAAAAGAUGAGAUUCGUAUGAUGGAUGAAAAGAAUACAGAUGAUGAAAUCACAGAAGAAUUAGAUGAUGAUGAUGAUGAUGAUGAUCAUGGUGUUCAUGAUAUAACUACAGGAGUAAACAUAAAACAAAAUCAUAAAGAAACAUUGAAUAAUGAAUGUCAAGAAUCAUUUAUUAAUAUAUGUAAAUCAGUUCAUGGUAGUCGUUUAGCUCGAGUUACAGAAGUGAACGAAUCGGAUUUUGAAAUUAGUCAAGAUGUUGAUGACGAUGAUGAUGGAAGCCUUAGUGAUGACGACAAUGAUACUGACAGUGUUUUAGAUGAUUCCAAUGAAACUGAUAGUUUCAGUGAUAAUUCAUUCAUAAGUAAUGUAUCGAAAAAUUCACAUAAACGAAAAAUGAAUAAAAUCUACCAAAAGAAUGGAGAUAAUGAUUAUCAUAAUGAUAGAUUACACAAUAACAGUAUCAUAAAGCCAACAAUCAACAACAAUCAAUUAGGUGAUACACAAUUUCUUCGUUUAGAACAAAUGAGAGCUGAUUUAGAAGAAGAAUUAGGCUUUGAAUUAUUGAUUAAAGCUUACAAUGUUAUUCAGGCAUUACAAGAAGAUGAAGAUGAAACAAUUACAGAAAGUGAAAAAAUUGUUACUAAUGUUUUAGGUGAAGAAAAAACUCGAAUUUAUUAUGAUCGUAUUUUACAAUUAGUUCUUGCUGAUGGUGCUUAUAUGGAUGAUGAAUAA